AUGGCGAAACAGCUGUCCCUUUCCCAGAUAGCAACACUUUUCCUUGCAGUGUGCAGCUUCGCAAUACAUUUCCCAUGGCGUCUUUGCACCUCAUUUUUUACACGCGAACGCAACAAAACCUGGAAGCAAAUCUGCAUCUCGGUGAUCAUGACCACCUUUGUGAGAUAUCGCAAAACGCUACCUAUGCCAGAAUCCCUCACCAACUACACCACCUGGACGGCAGCGACUGGCCUGGAAGCCAAUGUCGAAGAGCUGUGUAAUGGCGCUAAGCUCUUAUGGGUCGGACCAAAACGCGUGGAUAAAGUGAUGUUGUGGUGCCACGGAGGUGGAUACAUGCUCAGCGUUGGUCCGAAUGCAUUCUCUUGGUUGCGAUACAUACAAUUAGAGCUCAAGAAGCGUGACAUUGACCUCGGUAUCGCUAUCGUCGCAUACAAUCUCCUUCCCAGAGCUGUCUUCCCAAGCCAGCUCCGUGAAGCAACCGACGGCUUCAACCACCUCAUAGCAGCGGGUGUCCGUCCCGAGAACAUAAUCCUCGGGGGAGACUCCACAGGAGGGAACCUCGCACUGCAGCUUCUCUCCCACAUUCUCUACCCCCUUCCCUCCGUCCAGCCAACGCCAAAGACCGUGGCGCAUCUCGGUGGUUUGCUCCUUCUUUCUCCUUUUGUUGGAGCUAAGAGGACCUUGGAAAUGCCUUCAUCACAGCUGGAAGCCCUACACGAGCGCGAUUUCCUACCGGCGGAAUUCCAUCGUGAAGUUUGCCAAACAUUUCUCAAAGACGUUCCAGAGGGUGAGAUCGCGUACGCAGAUGGUUUAGAGGCUCCCGAGGAGUGGUUUAAGCCAUCAGACGAGCUUAUGGGUCGGAUUCUCAUCAUGGCGGGCGAAUGGGAUUUCUUGAAAGAGAGUUGUCGACGGUUUUAUGAGAACCGUCUGAAGCCGCUCCAUCGGGAUGUUAAGUUUGUCGUGGAGAAGGACGGUGAGCAUGUUGCACCAAUACAUGACUUUAUUCUGAAGGAAGAGAAGUUAAGUGUGUUGACACCAUUGAUGGUCGAGUGGCUGGCGGAUACCUUCAAGGCUGCCCGUCGACAAGUUAGAUAGAUAAAUCAUAAUAGACAAUGGCAUAUGAUAUGGUUCAAAGAAAUCAAUGUC